CCAUAAUUUCAAAAACAAGAAAAACAGAAUCAGAUAAACCACCACCAUCGCUUAACCAAAAGCCUAUACUUGUCAUUUACAGAUACUUCCCUUUAUCACACUCUCUCUCUCUCUCUUUCACUUCCCUUGACCUUGCUUCAAACCCUAACUCUCAUUACUUUUUUUUGAUAAUUAGUUUAAAAUAUUCACUAGAAAACAAAAUAAUACCUGUAUUCAGAAAACGUUUUCUUGGUUUUUGUUUGUUCAGUUUUAUCAAGAAUGGGUGCACCAAACGGAGACCUAGAUCACCUAAGUGGCUGCCGCGGAGGUGAUGGAGUCUGACCUAACGUUGUCAGAUGCAUUAUGGGGAAGGCCGAGGAUGAACAAGGUCUUGGCGUUAGUGUCGUGAAUGAGAAUGUACAGCAUAAUGUGCAGUCGAGGUCUGUGUGUAAAGGAUGUUGUUGGAUUUCUAGGCGCAUUCGCUUCAAAUGUUUCUUUAUGCUUUUGUUGUCACUUGCUGUCUUUCUCUCCGCUUUGUUUUGGUUGCCUCCGUUUCUCCAGUUUGCAGAUCAGAAGGAUCUGGAUCUUGAUUCCAAGUUUAAAGAUCAUGACAUUGUUGCAAGUUUUAAUCUUGAGAAGCCAGUUUCUUUGCUGGAAGACAAUAUUGUACAGCUUGAGUUAGACAUUUAUAAUGAGAUUAGCUUUCCAACCAUCAAAGUGGUUAUUUUAUCUCUAGAACCUGUAGCUGGAUUGAACAAAACGAAGGUGGUGUUUGCGGUGGAUCCAGAUGCAAAAAGUUCAAAAAUAUCUUUAUAUUCUCAAAGCUUGAUUAAGUCAUCAUUUGUAUCUUUUGUUAUAGACCAAUCAUUCCUUCGCCUGACUACAUCCUUGUUUGGGGACCCGUUCACUUUUGAGGUUUUGAAAUUUCCUGGAGGAAUUACUGUGAUUCCUCUACAAAGUGCGUUUCCUCUGCAGAAAGUGCAAAUCCUUUUCAGAUUUACCCUGAACUUCUCUAUUUAUCAAAUACAAGUAAAUUUCAAUGAACUGACGAGCCAAUUGAAGUCUGGAUUACAUUUGGCAGCUUAUGAGAACUUGUACAUAAGCUUGUUCAAUUCCAAAGGUUCAACAGUGGCUCCCCCCACAAUUGUUCAGUCUUCUGUUCUCUUGGCAGUUGGAAGCACUCCCUCAACCCCAAGGUUGAAGCAGCUGGCUCAGACAAUCACUGGUUCACACUCCAAAAACCUUGGCCUAAAUAACACUGUAUUUGGUAGGGUUAAACAAGUUCGACUUUCAUCUAUCUUGCAACACUCUCUUAAUGGUGGCAAUGGCAGUGGCCCAUCAUUGUCACCUUCUCCAGCUCCCUUACCUCAUUCCCACCAUCACCACCAUCACCACCACCAUCAUCACCGUCACCGUCACCGCAAUGACCAUCUAGCUCCUGCAAGUUCUCCAACACCUGCAACUCAGACAGCUGCACCUCUGCCAGUGCAUGGUUCACCUGCCCCAAGGAAGAAUUCACCUGCACCUCGGAAAAGUCAUGAGGCACAGCCUCCUGGUUGCCAUAGUGUGAAUAACGGGGGAUCUAGGAAAAAGGGAAGGACACAGUCCCAUUUGGCCCCUACCAUUCCUCCCUCUAUUUCUCCUCGCCGUUCUGCUACCUCACCGCAAGCACUUAUAGCUCCACCAACACCUAUGCCUGCAGCUUUCUCCCAUUCACAUUCUGCAUCAAGUCCUUUACCAAAUGUAGUUUUUGCUCAUGUGAGGCCUCCAUCCAAGAGUGGUUCAGAUGUGGGGCAUCAUGACACAACGCUGCCAGUUUCACAAUCUCCUUUUUCAUCUUCAGAAGGUCAUACAACUAUUCGAUUGGCGUUUUCACUCUUGUUAGCUGUUGUAUUACAUUUUUAACAAUGAAGAUGCAAUAACCUACUGUCUAGAUAAAAUUGCUUCUCUGAUAUUCGAGGGAACCAAUUGUCUUUUUCAAAUUUAAAUGGACCGGAUAAAUUGGAGGAGCUUUGUAAGUGAGAGCAGCAUAAAGGGCGUGCCUCACAUUUGAGUGGAUAUAUGUUUUUGUGCCUGUAAAUAUUUGCAUAAAAGAAAUAUACAAGCUGGCAGAUGCAUUAUCAGGUCAAAGUCACAGAGGUGACAGGCCCUUGCUUAUGUACCGCUGUUUUGUGCAUUCUCUUCUGCAGAAAUGUAAGGGGGUAAAAGUUACAAAUGUAUCACAUUACCUGUUUAUUUCUUAUCGUUAAAAGCCAUUCAAG